ACAUUGUUUUAUAGUAAGGGUGUUUAGGCGGUAGCGGUGUGUUGUGUUGUGUACUUGUGUUGAGCUGUGGUGUGGCGGCGAGGAGCACAGCUUGGGUUCCCCGUGAAUCUAGCAGCAAUGUCCGAAGGUGAAGAAUCUCCUGUCCCCCUGAGUGGGGGAGGUGGUGGGACAGGCAAUGGGACAAGCAGUGGUGGAGGAGAGCGCCAGUGGUAUGCACCUAUGGAUACUGCUGGGGGUGAAGAAGACUCUCAGCCAGCCUCCCCAGGAAGCCCUGCCCCUGCAUCUAAUAUUCACACCAGCAAUGAGUAUAUGGAAUUGGAUGAGCCAGAGAUGUUGGACGAGAAGAAAGCUUUGCUGGAGGAGUUUGAAAGGAAGCGUCGUGCCAGGAUGAUCCACGUGACGACAGAUGACAGCGAGGUCAAGCAACAGCUGAGGUUGUUGGGUGAGCCUAUCUGUUUGUUUGGUGAAGGUCCUGCUGAUCGAAGGAAUCGGUUGAAGGAGUUACUGUCCCGCUUGGGGGAAGACGCUUUGAAAAAGACAGCAGCAGGGCAGCAGGAAAGAGAGACUACAGAACACGAUCAGCAGCAUCCAGAAGAAACUUGGUACCACGAAGGGCCAGAGUCCUUGAAGGAAGCACGGAUGUUUCUUGUCAAUUAUUCCAUAGCACGUGCGAGAGCCAGGCUAAAGAGUGAGCAUCUUAAUUACCAAGUUCCAGAAGCAACACGUACUGCCAAGAGACAAGAAGUUCAAAACCGAUUAAGAUCUUUUGGUCUUUUGGGGAGUCAAAAUGCUGAUUCAAGACCAAUCUCAUACUGUAACUUUAGCCCAAAUGGGAAAUUUUUGGCUACAAGCUCAUGGAGCGGACUUGUGAAGGUUUGGCAGGUACCUCAGUGUGUCAUAGAACACACUCUUAGGGGUCAUAACUGUUAUGUUGAUAGUGUUGUGUGGCAUCCUAGUGCAACAAUAUCCAUGGAACCAAGUGCGCUAAAUCUGGUGUCAAGUGGACGCGACGGUAGUGUUCAGUUGUGGAGUCUAAGUAGUGAAGAACCUAUUGCUGAAUUUCCAGUUUUUGAAUCCCGUGUCUCACGAGUUGGUUUUCAUCCAAGUGGAAGAUUUCUUGGUGCAUGUGUUCAUGACAACAGUUGGAGAUUGUGGGACUUGGAGCUGCAAGAAGAAGUUUUAUUCCAGGAAGGUCAUUCAAAACCUGUUUAUUGCAUAGCAUUUCAAAAUGAUGGGUCAUUAGCAGCAACUGGAGGCAUGGAUUCAUAUGGGCGUGUCUGGGACCUCAGGACAGGUCGAUGUAUGAUGUUUCUCUCUGGGCAUCAAAAUCCUGUGCUGGCCAUUGAUUGGUCACCUGAUGGUUACCACAUAGUGACUGGGAGUGAGGACAACACAGCUAGGAUAUGGGAUGUAAGGCAGCGGCGAUGCACAUACACCAUUCCCUCACAUACUGGUAUUAUAACUGGUGUUAGAUAUGACCGAAUGGGAGGCCAGUACAUUGUGACAUGCUCUUAUGAUGGCUCAGUGCGGCUGUGGUGUCACGGUUCCUUCCAGGCAAUGCGUGCACUUGAAGGUCAUGGACAGAAGGUGAUGGGAGUUGACAUUUCACCGGUUGAUGGUACUAUUGCCACUUGCUCCUUUGAUCGUACAUUUAAGAUUUGGGGUCCAGAUUAAACUAUUUCAAAUAAAGAAAAUAAAAUUAUGCAUAUAUGUAUAUAUUUAUAAACCAGUCAUAUGUAUUUGUUAUGGUUGGUUGACAAAUUUUGUACUGAGAAUCUAUUGCAUAGUUUUUUUCAUGUGAGAUGCAAGUGUUGAUCUUGCAGUACUGUACUUCAAUUUUUUACUGAUCAUUUUUUAUAUAUUGUUCAGAAAAUAUAUUUGUCUCUUAAAAUUUAUAUGUGAAUGAAAAAAAUGUGUGGUCAUUCAGUUUAAAACUAAAAGGCCAAAGUAAAUUACAAGAAAAUGAGAUGUUCUUUUUCAAAGACGGUUUCAACUCAGUGUUAUCCUUGUAAGAAAUCUGGAUAGCAUUUGUUAUGGUGGGUAUAUUUGUAUUGCCUACUGCAUUUGCUGGUUAUAGUAAAAGAAGUGUCUGAA